GUUAACUGUUGUGUAAAAAAAUCAUAAAAAAUAGUAAAAGUCCAAUUUUAGUAAAAUUAACAUAAUUAAACGAUUAUAAAGGAUGUGGUAAUAAGAAAAACCUUUUGGAUAAGUUGUUUUAUGUGUCAUGGUCAUUAUUAAAAGAGAUGAUUACAUUUCUUUUCUGAAUUCAACGGGAGUUAAAAUGCCAACAACUCCUAUUUCUAAUGAACUUUCAAUUCAAUCGACUGGAAAUAAUGGAAAUUUGGUUCCAACGAAUAAUAACAAUGAUACGAGCAUAAAUAAUGCAAAUAUAGCGACUAUCAAGGCAAAUUCAAAUUAUCAGGAGAAAUUCCAGCAAUUUCAACAAUUUACUCAGCAACAGAAUCAGCAAAAUAAUCAAAAUGUGACGAAUCAAGUGCAGCCAUUCGCUAAAGCUCAACUUAUUUGUCGACCGAAUUCUCAUCCUUUUCCCAGUCGUACUCUUCUUCUUGAACCCAAUAAACCUGUAAAAAUCGGUCGAGCAAUAGCACGCACAAAGGUCAGCGAUAAUAAUGCCAUUUUUGAUUGUAAGGUACUGUCGAGGAAUCAUGCUGAAUUGUGGUACGAUGAUGGGAAAUUUUUCCUUAAAGACACGGGAAGCAGCAACGGUACCUUUAUCAACAAUCAACGUCUUAGUCAGACAUGCAGUCAAUCCGAGCCAUUCGAAGUUAGCAGUGGAGACAUUGUUCAAUUUGGCGUUGAUGUCAUGGAAAAUUCACGUAAAGAGACUCACGGUUGUAUUGUUGCAACAUUAAAAUUAUAUUUACCGGAUGGACGUGAAACGAAAGCCAGUCAAUCGACUCUUGUCGGUGCUACAAAUACAAAAAUUCCACAAGUUGACUUGUAUAGAUUAAAUCAGUACAUUCAGGAAGCUGUUCAACGUGAACAAAAUCUUGAGACUAAGCUCCUCAACAUACAAAAGAAAAUUGAUUUAGUAAGAAAAUCAUCUUCAGCAAGUUGGCAAGCCCUUGUAGAUGAGGACCGUCUUCUGAGCCGAAUAGAUAUGCUUGAGAAAAAGUUACUUUAUUUCAGUAAGCCCUUAUCGGAAGAUAAAUUACGUGAAGAAAUUAUGAAAUUACAAAAUGAGAAAAUGCAAUAUCAAACAAGUGCAAAGCAGGCACUUAAAAAAGUAUAUAAUGAGCGAAUGGAAGCUAUUCAAAAAUUGAGUGUCGUUGAGAAGUCACUUUACAGUACCGAAGAUGAAUGUUCACUGAUCAAAGAUCAAUUAACGAAAUCGCAGUCACAAUCACGUGAGACUAACGAGCGAUUAGAUGCAAUGCAGAAUCAAAUGGAUAAAAGGGUGGCAGAUUACGAGGAAAAAAUAUUCAAAAAGGAAAAUGAAUUGAAGAAUCUAAAUUCGGAGUUGAAUGAGCUACAAGAAAAGUUAACAAGUUAUAAGCGUCAAAACGAUAUUGGAGAUUAUGAGAGUUCCCAGCUGGUAACAAAUUGGCUGCUAAAGUCAGACAUCAAGGACAUUGAUGGAUCUGAAGAUAUCAUUAAAGCAAUCUGCAGUGAAGAAGAUGAUGAGGUGAAUUUAGCUAAAAGCUUAGAAACAAAUUGUUCUCGCGUUUAUAGUAAGAUGCUCACGCUCGAAAAAGAAUUAAAUCUAUUAUUUGCUGCGACCAAUAAUAAUAACAUUAUCAAUAAUAACACUAAUAACGAUAGUAAAAACGGAUCUGAUAAUAGCGUAAUAUUAAAUCAACACAGUUCAACAGAAACAUUGUUGGAUCUACAGCCAACAACAGAUAAUAAUGUGCCAUCAGAUGAAGAGAAUAAAAAGGACGAGGAGACAAUUUUAAUGUCCUCGACCGAUGAUGAAAGUGCACAAAAGAGUUUGCAGUGUGAUGACAAUCAAAAUAACAUGAACAAUCGAAUGUUAUUGAUGCAAAAUUUUAAUAUAAGUGCAGCUGGUGAAAGAAUUCUAGUUAAUUUGAAGCAAUUGUUGGCGUUGUAUGCAAAGCUAAAACGUCAAUUGAUGGAGUUUACGGAAGUGAAAGCAAAUGAGCAGAGCUCAUCUAAAGCCAAAUGUGAUGAAAUGUCAUCUCAGCUUAUGUCAGUAAAGACAGAAUUAGAAUCACGUCCGUCGCAAGAGGACUUCGAAGAAAAAAUUCAACAAUGCAAUGCACUUCGUACUGAAUUAACGAGUCUAACGGAACAAAUGGCAUGCAAUGAGAAGUUAGUCGAACAAUUACAAGUUGAGUUGACUCAAGAACGCGAACUUCAUAAAGUAAUGAUGGAGAAAUGCUUAACAGAGUGUGGCAUUCAAACAGACGAAAUUGAAAGUACAAAAGAAGUGCCAGCUGUAAAAAUAGAUGCAAGUCAUGAUGUUAUGAGUCCAGUAUUAUCAGAAUCUCCAUCAAUUGAUACGAUUAAAUCCGAAAAAGAACCUGAAAUUGAGAAAAGUCGAGAUGAUGUUGAUAAAUCUUCACAAACUUCCUUUACCGACCUAACCGAAAUGCCUCAACAAACACAACAAUUACUAGAAGAGCCAACAACAUCAUCAAUCGACAUUAAAAUUGAGAAGGAGGAAGCAGAUGACGAUGAGCUCAACAAUCAUCCCAAAGUAUUAUACGAAGACGAAUUAAUUGUAUUUAAGGAGAAAUGUAAAUCAUUGACGGACGAUAAUAUCCGUUUGCAGCGCGAAAUUGGGGAACUUCGCAUAACAAUGACUCAAUUUCAUUCGAAUUGGCUCCACAAUUUUAUGCUAAAAUAUCUUGUGCCAGUUCUUAUCAUUUUCAUCGCAUACUUCUUCUUUCUGUUGAAAUAAUAAUACACUGCAUUUCCUACAGAUGUUUCUGUUCUGUUCAUCUUCUUCUAAUUUUGUAAAUUUUUGCGUCAAAUUUAUUUACUCUUAUUUCUCUAAUUUAGGCUAAUAAGAGAUUAUUUUAAAAAAAAUUGAGAUAAAUCGUAAGACUCGUAAUGUUCUCGUUCUAGUUUUUGAAAAUAUGCAAAAUAUCGGAUUUAACGGAUUGAUGAAAUUAGAAAAUCGAUCAAUUUUUGAAAAGAAAUUGACUGUCAUUUUUUUUGAAUUUGAAAAGUCCAUUUUUUGCAAAUUCUUAAUUUUCCUUAUUUCACCGUGCUUUAUAAUUUUUUCAAACUUUUACGGUAUAGUGGUUAAUAUAAUUAUUAUUUUAUUUUGUUGUUGAUUUUAUUUUUAAAAAAAUAGAGAAAUGAAUGUUCUCAAAAAGUUAUUCGAAAAGGAAUCAAGUGGUAACUGAACGUAUAUAAAUGUCGGAAAGAGACUCCAAAAACAAAAUUGUUUGAAUAAGUUUUUAGUUUGCAUAACGAAAAAAAAUAAAAAUGAAAAUUGUAGCCAAUUAUUAGUUUAAUAAGCUUUAGUUCCAUUAAUUUUUACUUUCGAUGGAUUUUUUAUUUUAAAACAAGCAAACUUACAAAUUCGAUUAAACAUAUUAUAAUUGAAAACAAAAAAAAACUAUAUCUAUUGCAUUUAGGAAUCAAAAAAAUCCAUUUUUAUGAUGAAACUUUUUUGAGAUAACAAAAAAAUCACUUUCGAGAUAAAAACUAUAUUUAAAGGAAAAACAAAAAAAAAUUGUUCAAAUUCACAUUGAAGGAUAAAAAAAUUAAAAUAAUAAUAAAAAAAAAGUAUCGCGAAAAUUGCUUAUCGUUAUUAAAUAACACAAUUUACACAGCAAAAAAAAAAGAAUGAAAAAAACUUGUAAUUAAUAUAAAAUUGUAUAAUAAAAAAAAACGGAA